UGAUCUCGCGCAGCCUGAUAUACGAGAAACGGCACGAGCUAACGUUAGGUAGUAACGCUGGCAAACUAGCUAGCUAGUUUGAGUAGUAACUGAACAUAGGAAAUUAUCAAACAAGCACAAGGAAGCGUACAAAAGGUUUGACCAUGCGCGGCCUACUCCUCCCUGCAUUGAUGCUGCUUCUGGCCUUUCCCCUCACCUGGGGCCGGUAUGAUGAUUUUGACGAUGGAGAGGAGCUGGCGGAGUUCGACGACAACGACUUUGCGGAGUUUGAAGACAUGAGCGAGGAUGUGCCCACGGAGGCCGAGACGGCCCCUCCCCCCCGAGCACCCCCCGCCGCCGCCGCCGACCAGGACGAUGAGGACGAGGCCACCGUGGAGCUUGAGGACGGCCAGGAUGACUUUGAGGAUUCGGAGACCCCGGAUGAAGAUAUGUACAACAAGUAUGACGCCGAGGAGUUUGAAGGCUUUGAGAAGUCCAACCCCCCCUUCAAGGAUCCCAUCAACAUCUUGACAGUGCCCUCCCAUCUGCAGAACAGCUGGGAGAGCUACUACAUGGAGAUCCUGAUGGUUACAGGGCUGCUGGCCUACAUCAUGAACUACAUCAUUGGCAAGAACAAGAACAACCGGCUGGCACAGGCCUGGUUCAACUCGCAUCGGGAACUGCUGGAGAGCAACUUCGCCCUCGUGGGGGACGACGGUACCAGCAAGGAUGCAGUUAGCACCGGAAAGCUGAACCAGGAGAAUGAACACAUCUACAACCUGUGGUGCUCUGGACGCGUGUGCUGCGAAGGCAUGCUCAUUCAGCUGAAGUUCCUGAAGAGGCAGGACCUGCUGAACGUGCUUGCCAGGAUGAUGAGGCCCGUCUGCGACCAAGUGCAAGUCAAAGUCACCCUAAACGACGAGGACAUGGACACGUUCGUGUUUGCGGUUGGCACCAAAAAGGCCAUGGCGCGAAUGCAGAAGGACAUGCAGGACUUGAGCGAGUUCUGCAGCGACAAGCCCAAGUCGGGGGCCAAGUAUGGGCUGCCAGAGUACUUGGCCAUCCUAUCGGAGAUGGGAGAGGUGACGGAUGGAGUGAUGGACAGCAAGAUGGUUCAUUUCCUCACCAAUCAUGCUGACAAAAUCGAGUCCAUCCAUUUCUCGGACCAAUUCUCUGGUCCAAAACUUAUGCAAGAGGAGGGUCAGCCCUUGAAGCUGCCGGAGACUAAAAAAACACUUUUGUUUACAUUUAACGUGCCUGGGAUGGGCAACACAUCCCCCAAAGACAUGGACACACUGCUGCCACUGAUGAACAUGAUCAUCUACAGCAUUGACAAGGUCAAGAAGUUCCGCCUGAACAGGGAGGGCAAGCAGAAAGCCGACAAGAACCGGGCCCGCGUGGAGGAGAACUUCCUGAAGCAGACGCACGCCCAGCGCCAGGAGGCCGCGCAGACCCGCCGCGAGGAGAAGAAACGGGCCGAGAAAGAGAGGAUCAUGAACGAGGAGGACCCCGAGAGACAGCGCCGCCUAGAGGAGGCUGCUCAGCGCAGGGAGCAGAAGAAGAUGGAGAAGAAGCAGAUGAAGAUGAAGCAGAUCAAAGUCAAAGCCAUGUGAAGCUCAGUCCAAACGGCCCCGGGCCUGUCCUCUCCCUCCCCCUCUCUCACUGCUGCACAUCGUUUAUCUCCCACAGUAAUCCCAGCUCACCGGCUCACCGCACAAUACACGCCGUUCGGAUCUCAGGCCCUGCGCUGUACACCCAUCCCUUCCGUUCUCUCGCUGUCCCUGUACUUCCUCUCUCCACAGUUACUUAUGUCUGUGCUUCCCGUUAGGGCUGCACGGUGUAUCCAAUCACGGUUUUUUAAAGCAUAAUGAGAGUAACCGCAGCAGGGAAUUAGGCUCAUUUUUGUCUUUUUUUUUCUCUCUGUAAUCAUAGCUGCUGGGGUAGUAAACAACCAGAGACCAUGUGAAAUACUUCCGGGGGGGGGGGGGG